AUGUCCACAGCGAUCAUCUCGUUGGGCUUGAUACGCUUAGAAGUCCUUUCCGCGACUAGGGAAAUCCUACUCCGACUUGAAAAAUACCCUUGCCGACUAAACUACGCCAAGGGUAUACUCGAAAAUCCAUGGAUGCAAACAUACAAACACCUAGCUAAAGUAUUAAAGCCCAUUCCUUUAGAAACCCCUACAAAGAUCGAGCUAGAUCCCAACCAGGUUAUACAAGUUACACUCCUGGAUGCAAAUCACUGCCCUGGUGCGGUUAUGUUCUUGAUUGAAGGCAAUGGCAAAGCCGUCUUAUAUACAGGAGAUAUCAGGAGUGAGGCUUGGUGGGUGAAUUCUAUAGCAAGGAGUCCUGUCAUGGUCGAGUAUUCCAUGGGCCUGAAAACACUUGACCGCAUAUAUCUCGAUACCUCGAUAGUAGAUGAUUUCCCUCUACAAACCAAGGCCGAGGGGCUAGGUGAGCUUCUACGGAAAGUCGCACGCUAUCCAAAAGAUACCAUAUUCCAUGUGCAAGCAUGGACCUACGGGUAUGAAGAGGUUUGGGUUGCCUUAUCAAAAGCUUUGGGUUCCAAGAUCCAUGUCGACAAGUACAAAAUGGGUAUCUAUAAGUCUCUUGCUAUUAAACCAUCUGACAAUCGCUUUGCCGCUCAAACUUAUUUGACUACGGAGGCCCCCUAUCUUGUGGGUUUCACCUGUGAUAACAAUCAGAGGGAGGGGUGCUUGACGCUAGACGAAGACGCGAGAAUCCACAGCUGCGAGAAAGGCAUAAGUUGCAAAGCCAUGGAGACUAAGCCCAUUAUAUGGAUUCAGCCAAUCGUUGCACAUCUCACUGAUGGGCGAGACAUGGUUGAGGUGGGCAUUGGCGGAGGCGGAGACGAUCUCACACCGAAGCCGACCCUGGAAGCAGAAAGCAUUCAAGCUUUGUUAGAAUUAAUCGAACAAGAAGGCGAGGCACUGGGCGAUUUGGGACGUACCGUUACACAAUUCCUUCAGAAAGCAUUGGCCGUUUCUAGAGGCGUCGACCUUGAUAAAGUUCGAAGAAUUCGGGAUCCAGUAGAAAAGAUCGAAGAUGAUAAUCCCGAUAUCCUCCCAACCCGGAUUACAUUCCCGUAUGCUAGGCAUUCUUCUUUGCCUGAGCUUCGACAUUUAGUGCGGACUUUUAAACCAGCUGAUAUUUGGCCAUGCACGGUGGACCCCAACUAUUGGGCAGAGCAGGGCAUUACUAUAAGAAGGCUCUUCGGAGAUAUUUGCACUCGUCAAGUUUUCGAAUACGAUGUGCUCAUGUGCCAGACAUUGGGACUGGGAGGUAAAGAUGGAUCACGGGAAAAUGUACCUCGAACUCAAUCGACGAUUAUGUCAAAUGAAGGAGUUCCCUCUAGUCCAGCCGUCUCCCCAACAAGGAGUCACUUGGAGCAUCAAAGCUCUGUAACGCUGUUACAUCAUCCGCAGGCCUCUCAAGUGCGGGUGACAUCGGCCUUCUUCUCUUUGUCUCACAACUUGGCCCAAGUUUACCCAGCGACACUAUUCGAAGAGGACAAAGGAAAUGAUGAAUUAAAUUCCCAGGAUUCCCAGACUUCAAAUAUAUCCGCUUAUAGGUACGAGACUAGGUUGCGAGCAUUUCUAGCAGCCUGCGCAAAUAUGGAAGGUAACAGGGUCUAGAAUACGAUAAGUCUCAUAUCAACCACCGAUAAUCAUAGCACAAUUGACCCCGAAUUAGGAGGUCGUUAGACGGAUAAUAUAGGUGGUAGAUACCAAUCAUAUAAUUGGUGCUUAUGGAGAUAGGGGUGAUAACCCAUGAGUACAUGCCUCAUCGGGGGAGAUACCUUUUUGAUUGAUAGAAAAUGUAAAUGCG